AUGCCACUCCGCUUGGCCGCCUGCCGCGUCUUCCUGCUCUUCGCCGCGGCCGCCGCCGCCGCAGCGGCCGAGUCCAACAGCUCCGCGAACUGCACCCUCCGUGACGGAGAAAUCGUCCGCGCGGCGUUCAGGCAGGUCGCCAACUUCCCCUUGCCGCUGCCCGGCCGCCGCGCGUGCCGCCCCGUCAGGCGGCUCCAUUUCCCGUCGCGCAACCUUAUGGGUACCGUGAACUGGGCCGAGCUAGGCAACCUGGCCAGCCUCCUCACCGUCGACCUCUCCAACAACUCUCUCCAUGGCCGCAUCGACGACAGCUCGUUCUGGCGCGCGCCGCUGCUCCGGGCCGUGGAUGUCUCCCGUAACCACCUCGAAGGCGUCCUCCGGUUCGACUACCCGAGCACGCGCCUGGCGACGCUCAACGUGUCCGGCAACCGGUUCACCUCCGUCGAAGGCGUGGCCCGGCUCUCCGGCGUGGUGUACCUCGACGUGUCGAGGAACGCCAUCGGAACGGUGCCAGCGGGACUGCGGAGCCUGACGCUGGUGCGCGUGCUUAACCUGUCCGGGAACCACAUGACCGGGAGGUGCCCCGUCGACCUCCCGCCUCUCGCCGGCCUCCAGGUCUUGGACAUCUCGCACAACAAUUUCUCCGGCGUGGUUGACGCCGCCACCGUCCUUAAGUUCGGAAAAUCCUCCUUCUUCCAAGCCGGCAACACGUUGCGAGUGAUCGCGGACAUCGCACCGGCGCCGGCGCCGGAGCUGGCACCGUCGUCUAAUGGCGGAGAGAAGCACAAACGUGCGGUCACCAUAGCGCUAGUCUCAGUCGGCGCGGCGGUGACCGCAGCCGCGCUGGCGUUCUUGGCCGCGUGCGUGGCGUGCGCCAUGACGCGUCGCCGGAAGAAGAAGAAGGACAAGGACGGGAAAACAGCGGUGUGGGAGGACGACGAGGUGUUGGUGGGGGCAGUGAAGGUGACCGCCGCUGCGCCGGUGGUGGUGCUGGAGCGGCCGCUAAUGGAGCUGACGCUGGCGGACCUGGCCGCGGCCACGUCCGGGUUCGGGCGCGAGUCGCAGCUCGCGGACACGGGCGGCCGCAGCGGGGCCGCGUACCGCGCCGUGCUCCCUGGGGACCUGCACGUCGUCGUGCGCGUCGUGGAGGGCGCCGUGGCUGGAGUUGGGGAGGACGCCGACGAGGCCGCCACGGAGGCCGCGUUCCGGGAGCUUGCACGGCUCAGGCAUCCGAACAUUCUCCCGCUCCUUGGUUACUGUAUUGCAGGGAACCAGAAGCUUGUGCUUUACGAGUACAUGGAGAAAGGCGACCUCCACCGGUGGCUCCACGAGCUACCAGUGGGGAGCAUGGACACCGAGGACAUCUGCAUCGACACGAUGGAAGCCAUCGAAGACAGAAACCCCGCGGGCGACUGGCCUACUCGGUACCGCAUCAUCCUGGGCAUCGCCCGAGGGCUCGCGUUCCUGCACCAGGGAUGGGCAGGGGCAGCAGGGUCCGGCUCCGGCCGGCGGCCCAUCGUGCACGGCCGCCUGGUCCCGACCAACAUCCUCCUCGGCGACGACAUGGAGCCCCGGAUCUCCGACUUCCUGCACCCGAGCAGCAGCAGCAGCGACGAGACGUCGACGCCGGCGAGCGACGUGUACCGCUUCGGCACGCUGGUGUUCGAGGUGGUGACGGGGCAGGCGAGGUGGAGCGACGCGUCGACCACGAGCUGGGCGCGCGGCGUGAUCCGGAACCGCAAGGGCCUCAACCUCGUGGACGAUCGGCUGCGGGACGAGACGGCGGGCACGGAGGCCGAGAAGGAGUUGGCCGAGUGCCUCCAGGUGGGGUUCCUCUGCACGGCCAGCGCGCCCGAGAAGAGGCCCACCAUGCAGCAGGUGGUGGGGCUGCUCAAGGACGUCAGGCCGGCGGCGACUGCCGGAGCCGGAGGAGUGCCGCCGCUCGGGUCGCUGGCCUCAUGA